UCUUUCAAGCCGGUUCGAUGCUCUGAUAUCUCUUCGGCUUCCAUCAGAAUUUCAGUUCAGUUUAAAGAUCCUCGCAAUGGAUUCUCCCUCGCCACAAGGAAAUAAUGUGAGUUCUACCAUAACAAGCCCUCCGGUAGACCCCCAGGAAUUCAAUUUUACAGCGGCAAUGAUGUGUGUGGUCAUUUUCCUGGCUUUGUUCGGCAAUGGUUUGGUGAUAGCGGCGUUUCACAGAUUUCACCAACUUCGCACAGUUACCAACUACUUCGUUGUUUCGCUCGCGGUAGCGGACAUCCUCGUGGCUUCACUUUCAAUGCCAUGCUGGAUGUACAUUCAACUUUCGCGUCUUUCACAGAUUCCUCACCAAAUACGAUUAGAGAAGGUGCUUUACUAUUCGUGGCAAUAUGUCGACAUUCUCUGCAGCACAGCAUCCAUAGUAAAUCUAUGUGUGAUCAGCGUUGACAGACAUUUGGCGAUCAACUCGCCGCUAACUUACCACAGCAGAAUGACUCCAAAGCGAGCUCAGACCGCCAUAGCGUUAGCUUGGCUCUUCGCUUUCGUUUGUGCAAGUUUAUCGAUGGUAACAGUGGAGCAAAACUUCAAGCCAAUUGCGGGACAGGUCUAUGCUAGUUUUAUCUCUAUUGCGGCAUUAUUUAUUCCUUUCUUCAUCCUGAUCGUGAUGUACAGUAAAAUUGGUUGCGUAGCCGUUCGACAAGUUCGACAAAUUUGCGCCGCCAAUUCGGAAAUUCAACACGGAAUUCAAAGAGAACACAACAUGACUUUUCGCCAUGAGCUUCGAAUCACCAAGAUGUUAGGAAUCGUGAUUGGGGCGUUUGUUUUGUGUUGGGGACCGUUCUUUUCGAUUGUUCUUUUGUACGCGGUCUGUCACCAAAACUGCCCGAAUGACCACGGCUGGGUGGCCAUUAGCAAAUGGUUACACUACGCAAAUAGCACAUUUAACCCUCUUAUCUAUAUGCUUUUUACGACGACUUUUCGCAACGCAUUUCGAAGGCUUCUAGUUCGAGGGCUUUGUUGCAUGAAGUUAUCACACGGUGGAACCGGUUUGAACUUGAACAUUUGGAAGGCGGAAACCGUUGAACCCAGUGAUUAUGUUUCGGGGAAAACUUUUCUAGAAACUACCAAAGUACAACCAAGAAAAAUGGAGGAGAGGUUUAGUGAACAGACCACAAACCGGGAGCUCAAAAAAACUCGCCAAGUGACGGAUUGCACGAACACUUUACAAUGUUUGAGUUAAUUUUUAAAAAUGUCAUGCUUUGUUAAAAGAAUAAUGUAAAUCUCCAGUACUAAAAGCCGAGUCACACCUAGACUUUCUGAUUUAAAGGGGUUAUGUGUACGU